CGAAUGUUUAUGCCGUUUUGUAGAGUUUUCUGUCAUCCUCAUCAUCGCCGUUGUCGUUGUCGUCGUCGUCGUUGCCGCUUCAUCUGAGCCGAAAACGUGCGUACAAGGUGCGAUUUUGAGAAAAAGGAUUUUCAUGGGUUCGAUCUCCACUGAAGUGAGUUCUUGUGCCGUGUCGAUCAAUUUUGGACCAGCGUGAGAAGCAGUUUUACCGUGGUGUCCGUUCGUUCCGGAAAAGUGCGCUGAUUGGUUUGGGAAUUGAAUUUCGUUCUGAAAACAAAACGUCAAACGCUGAAGAAAAGUUGGUGACGUGGAAAAUUGAGUGAGUGUGCUGCUGAUUCUGGAAGGAUUUCCUGUUCGUGUCACAGUUAUUCUGGGGGAGGUGCACCAGCAGAAAGGAAAAAAAUGAAGCUCAUGCGGACAUGUCUGCCGGCAGUGCUAUCGAUGCUGGCCGUACUGGUGGCAAGCGUGACCGGUGCCGGCGGCGAUUUGUCCUCGCAGCAACAACCCAACGGACAGAAGCCACAAACCGGACAAAAGGUCACCGAUUCGGCAUCGGCUUCGGACGGAACGCUCGCCAAAGCGAUUAUCAACAGUUUGGACAAAGCGCAAAACAAGCGAGGCGCUCCGGUCAUUCCGACCACGAUUGUCGGUACCCCCCAACAUGCGUACAUUAAUCAACCGGUGGCUGCUGGAGCCACAGCUGGAUCGGUAGUCGGUGCAGCUGUGGGACCGGUUGCUUAUGCAGCGUACGGCCAUCCCCACUACCACCAGGCCGGAGCCAUUAGCAGCGCCGGAAAUCUGAACGCCGGAAGCCACCAGCAGCUGGUGCAGCAGAGUUCAGCCGCUGUCGCAGCCCCUCAGACCGUGUACCACAAAAUCAACUACGUCGCACCGAACUCCGCCCUCAAAGUGGCUACUUUCGCCGCUGCUCCGGCCCAUUACGAGUACGGUCCAGCUGUUGCCCCAACACUGACUAAGUCGCUGCAGUACAACUACGCGGCGGCCGUCCCCCAGUACCAAUACGCACACUUUCCGCAGACGAUUCAGGUCUACCAGCAUCAUCAUCACGCACCGGGAGCCACAGCAACAAUUAUCACGAACGAUGCCGGCCAUGUUCAGUACUUGCACCAUCCCCAGCAGCAGCACCAACAACAUCAACAGGCUGCCACGAUCUACACGGCGCAUCAACCGGCGGCCGCUGUCCAUUACACGCUGACUCAACCUGCGGUGCAACACAAUUAUCAGCACCAAGCAGUGGUCGGCCAACAAGCUCAGGCCGGAACUAUCCACUACCAUCAUGCGCAGCAGCAGCAGCAGCAGCCCCACCAGACGACCUUUGUCGGAGUGCAACCUGCGGUUCCGGUCGUCCAUCAGGCGCCGAUUGCCGCCAUCAAUCAGGUGCACCAGGCUAAUCAGGUCAUCGCGACUCAGGCACAACUGGUCAAGUAUCCAGCUUCGCCAAUCUAUGCCACCGGAUUGCAAAACCAGCUGUAUCAGCAUCAAUCGGCCAAUUAUGCCCCAUAUCAGGUUCCAGUGGCAGCUAAACAAUUCCUAUCAUCCGUCGCAACUCCUACCGUUGCCACACCUUCCCAUAUCAAACAGCUGAUCCCGGUGACGACGGCGACCACCACCCAGCACCACGGCAAGGGUGUCAGUUUUUCCACCUUUACCCAGCAGGCGAAUGCUGCCGUACUGGGCCACCACCACCAAAAUCAGCCACCCUACUACAACACGGCCGUCGGUCAACCGCACCAAUAUCAACAGCAACAACCGCAGAACCAGGCCCAGCAACAACCGGCGGCUGCCCGUUUCCAAGUGUAUUCCACGGUGGCCACCCCGCUGCACAAGCCCACCGUUGUGUACGCCGCCCAGCAGUACGCGCAACCGUCAAUCCCUGCGGCCGCCAUCUAUGCCACCGCGGCCAGCCCUCUUCAACAUCAACCGCAAUCGUCGCCCUUUCACUACGGUGCUCAGCUGUUCCACCCACAGCCGCCCCUGCAGCAGCCCCAACCCUAUGCCCAGCUGACCAAAAUUGCCUACACUCCUGGAGCCGCCUCACUGCAGAAAGGAUUCUACCCCGUGCAGUAGUCGUUCGCCCGAGCAACUCACUUCAAUCUGGCUUUAUUGCGGCAGCAGCGGAUCGAAGUGAUUGCGAUUGGCUGCCAUCAUCGCGUUUAGUUUUAGAUAGCACACGACCAAACAGUGGCAAUGACAUUUAGUCUCCUCUUAAGCUCCCCAUCAGCAUCCUCUCGCCGCUACCUUCCGAUCGAUGGUGGGUGCGUUUGUUGGGUUUCAUUUGAUAUUUAUUGGUUUUUAGAUAAACGUUAUGCGGAAUAAGUUUAGGCCCAUCUGUGGGGCUUUAAUAUAAACGGAUUAAAGUAGA